CCAGUGUUGCAAAAUUUACAGAACAUAUUCUUAGUAUGCGUCGGAGGAACCGCCGAACAUGUGCAGGUAUUGCUUUGGUGACUGGAGCCGCAUGGCACGACAGCGGUGUAUCGGCUGCGUGGGUCCACUCUGCACGAGAAAAAAGCUUUUCUCUGGCUGAAACAGCACGGCAGAGGAGAUCAUGUACCUCUUUUGGGAGACAUCUUCGCAGCUCUGGGCGGACGAGACUUGCCGCUGAGACGACUGACGAUUUGCCCAUGACCUCACCGGUGUUGCUGGCUUCUGCUACUGGGCUCCUGACCGGUGCUGUUGUAGUGGUGUUGAAUGACUUCGUCCAUUCGCUGCAGGAUUUUCUGUUGGAACUUCCUGGACAGUUGCCCAUCCUGGCACCUAUUCUAUCAGCAUCACUCGUAAGUCUGCUGCUAUUUCUACGUGGUCCCAAAGGCUUGUCUGGAGACUCCGAUCUGGCGACCUUGAAGGCGAAUGGUGGGGUACCCUCCGGUGACUUGACCGAAGCACCCCUACGAGCAUUAGCUGCAGGUUUGACCUUAGCCGGCGGCAACUCGCUGGGCCCUGAGAGCCCGUCUGUAGAGAUCGGUGCCAACAUUGCUGCGAAUCUCGGUGCCAACGUGGCCUUCCCCAGUCGCACCUCCAACAAGAGCGACGAGUCGAGCGACGAGACGGAACUGGAGAAAGCCUUCCGAAAGAACUUGUUGGCAGCAGGAUGUGCAAGUGGAAUCGCCGCUGGUUUCAAUGCUCCAAUUGCCGGACUCUUCUUUGCACUGGAAUCGGUGCCAGCCAAUGCUCCAGAUGAAGCACGCGCUCGAGGGUUUUCUAUGCAGCUCAUAGCUGCUGUCUUGGCUGCUACUGUGUCACAGCUAGGUCUUGGAUCAAGCCCCGCUGUUGAUUUGGAAUUUUUUGGUUGGGUGCCCGCACGUUCACUUUGGGAGCUCCCCGUCUUCAUGUUUCUAGGCUUGCUCUGCGGCUUGGUUGCUGCAACUUUACGCUACCUUCGGAGAGUGAACAGGGAGGGCUUUACGUUCCUGGCAGAGGCCGGCUGUCCGCGCUUCAUAUUCCCAGUUCUCGCUGGGAUAGUUGUGGCCGUGGUCACUUUAAACCCUAGCACUCAAGAAGUUCUUUACAAAGGCUUUGCCAACGUGAAUUUAGUAUUGGAAUACGCUGAUGGCAGCAAGCAGCCUCCAGCGUUCACAGGCGAUCCACUGUAUCACUUAUCACUUCUGUUGCUCUGUAAGAUCUUCCUCACGGCCACUUGCCAAUCCUCAGGUCAAGUUGGUGGUCUUUUCGCGCCAGCGCUCUUCAUGGGUGCCUGUCUUGGAGGUCUCUUUGGGCGCAACCUGCGUGACAACUUCUGGCCAUGGGCCAUCAGUCUUCCAGGCCUUGACAUUGAAAGGGCUUUCAGCGUUCCUGCGACCUACGCUGUGGUUGGAAUGGCUGCUUGCUUGGGCUCCAUCUGCAACUUACCAUUGACUGCUGUAGUGCUUCUACUGGAGCUGGCGGGCGGCAAGGACUACGGCGUUGUUUUGCCGACGGUAGCAGCCACAGGUGUGGCAGUCUAUGUUGAGGAUCUUCUUGUGCGAAGGUGGCCAAAACUUCUAUCCAGAUGGGAAGCAAGUUCAGGAAAGAAGCCAGCUGUCCAAGAGGCCUUAGAGGUGCAGAAGACUCUACGAGGUCGUAGCUCGGUCGUCACUGCAAUUCCUCCUGGAAGUGUUGAGCUUGCACCAUCAGCUGCAAUGGUGGUGCCGUCGUGCCUAAUGCUGGAGGAGGCACGCGAGCAGCUUCUUCAGCUUGGUUCUGGUGGAUGCCUUGCAGUUGUGGAGGAAUCAAACAGCCAAACUGGAAGGCUUGCGAAGCGCCUUCUUGGUGUGGUAUCUCUUGCAGAUGUUGACAAAGCUCUUCAAGCUGAGUGAGAACCAUGCCUUGAUGUGUCACACACACAUUUUUCACA